CAUGACGCAGCACGCAGUCUCAGCCGACACUGCGCGCCCCUUCUGGGGCCCCGCCCACGCAGCGGCCUUAGCGGGUCGCCGACCCACGAUCCCCGCCGCGGCUGCUUGCUUGCCGGAGUGUGCACCGGUACCCGUCGCCGGUGACAUGUUGCAAAAACCGAGGAACCGGGGUCGCUCUGGCGGCCAGGCCGAGAGGGACAGCGACUGGAGCCGUGGCGGAAACUCCGGGGCCUCGCGGGCGGGCGAAGACGCCCGGGCCCCCAGAGACCGCUUAGCGGAGGAGGCCCCGAGCACUUCCCGGGGGCCGGGCGGCUCGCAGUGGUCGCAGGGCCCCUCGUCGCAGGGCGCCCGCCGGUCCCAGGGCGCCCCCGCCGUGGGCCCCAGGACCCAGAAGCAGCAGGAGCUGAAAGUGUCCGAGCUGGUGCAGUUCUUGCUGAUUAAGGACCAGAAGAAGAUUCCCAUCAAGCGGGCCGACAUACUGAAGCACGUCAUCGGGGACUACAGGGACAUCUUCCCCGACCUCCUCAAACGGGCCGCCGAGCGCCUCCAGUACGUCUUCGGGUAUAAGCUGGUGGAACUUGAACCCAAGAGCAACACGUACAUCCUCAUCAACACGCUGGAGCCGGUGGAGGAGGAUGCCGAGGUGAGGGGUGACCAAGGCACGCCCACUACGGGCCUCCUGAUGAUCGUGCUGGGGCUCAUCUUUAUGAAGGGCAACACCGUCAAGGAGACUGAAGUCUGGGACUUUCUGCGGCGCUUAGGGGUCUACCCCACCAAGAAGCAUUUCAUUUUCGGAGAUCCAAAGAAACUCAUUACUGAGGACUUUGUGCGACAACGUUACCUGGAAUACCGGCGGAUACCCCACACCGACCCCGUGGACUACGAGUUCCAGUGGGGCCCGCGAACCAACCUGGAAACCAGCAAGAUGAAAGUUCUUAAGUUUGUGGCCAAAGUCCAUAAUCAAGACCCCAAGGACUGGCCAGCGCAGUACUGUGAGGCGUUGGCAGAUGAGGAGAACAGGGCCAGACCUCAGCCCAGUGGCUCAGCCCCAUCCUCUUAAAAUCUGAGGUGGAUUCAGAGGGACCCCCGGGACAAGGGUCUGAGACCCAAAGGCACAGUGCAGAGGAGCGGGGGAAGGGAGAACGAACCCAGGAAGCGUAUUUCUGUAGCGUUUCAAUGUGUGUAGCUUUAGGAUGUGUUUGCAAAGUUUUGUUCUUUUAAUGUUGUGUUAUUUGGUUCCAGAUUUUCAUCUAUAAACAAAGGAGCAUUUGUUUUGCUUUGAUUUUACUUUUUUUGGUAUAAAAAAUUUUCCUAGCUUAGUAAAACGAAUUGGAAAACUUGACUAUGAUCUGAAACAGAUAUGCCAGAAGGAACACAUAAGUAAGUUGCUUUGGUGCCAAGAAAAUAAAAAAGUAGCUAUUAUCGGGUCUCUUAAGCAUCCCAGUUUGUAAGGAAAAAUAAAAGUCUUUAUAAAAUUAAAAAUAAAAACGUAAUUGCCUAUAUCCUUAUUACCUUAACCUGUUUUAUUUUUUCUAUAUUUCCUACAUAUAUAAGUAUUAUUCAUGGUUCCAAGCAAUGAACGUGGUGUAUUUUCUCCAAAUAGCAAUUGUUUAUAUUCAUAAUUACUCAGCUCUGUUGCUAAACAUGCAGUUCCACUUAGUUUUUUUUUACAUGCUACUCUAGUUAUUACAAUAAAUACUGUAUUUUUGAAGCACU